AUGGGGAACCAGGAUGGGAAGCUGAAGAGGAGCGCAGGUGAUGCCUUGCACGAAGGCGGAAGCAGCGCCGAGGAUGCUGUCGGGCCCAGAGAUGUGGAAGCCACAAAGAAGGGGAGCGGGGGCAAGAAGGCGCUGGGCAAGCACGGCAAGGGGGGAGGAGGUGGCGGCGGGGGAGAGCCAGGCAAGAAGAAGAGCAAGUCGGAAUCCAGAGCCUCAGUGUUUUCCAACCUGCGGAUCAGGAAGAACCUGUCCAAGGGGAAAGGCACCAGCGGCUCCCGCGAGGAUGUGCUGGACUCCCAGGCCUUGCAGAUCGGGGAGCUGGACAGCGCGCACUCCCUGGUCACCAAGACCCCAGAUCUCAGCCUCUCUGCAGACGAGACGGGCCUGUCGGAUACCGAGUGUGCUGACCCUUUCGAGGUAACCCGUCCAAGUGGCUCUGGACCCACCGAUGUUGGGGUUGGGGGCAGGGUGGUCUUGGGGGAUUUGGAAGCUGCUGCAGGGGUGCAGGAUGGACAAAGAACCAGUUCCGGCUCGGACACGGACAUCUAUAGCUUUCACUCGGCCACGGAGCAAGAGGAUUUGCUCUCAGACAUCCAGCAGGCGAUUCGCCAGCAGCAGCAGCAGCAGCAGCAGCAGCAGCAGCAGCAGCAGCAGCAGCAGCUGCUGCUCCAGGGCCCUGAGAAGCCUGCAGCAGCCUCCACAGCCGCCUCCCCCCAGCCCGGGGCCUUCUUGGGCCUGGACCAGUACCUGCUGGGCACGAGCAGCGCAGCCGGGGAGGCCCCUUGCAGUCCCGACACGGAGCAGGCUCGGUCUACGCUGUCUGACCUGCCUCGGAGCCUGGUCACCGAGCCCGGGGUGCCCGAGCAGCCUCCACCCCCCGGAGCCUUAGCUGUGCCUGGCCUGCCGGUGGGCCAGCCUGCUGAUGCAGACUCGCCCUCCUCCCCGGCCUUCCGGUUCCCCGAGUCCUCACCAGCGGAGGAGGGCUCGGCCAGAAGCCCCGGCCCAGGGGUUGGGGACACUGAUGAGGAAGGCGAGGAAGACACUUUUGAGGAUGCCCCCCGAGACUCUCCAGGGGAGGCGUGGGGCCUGGAGGCGGGAGAGGACCCCCCGAGGCCGGGGGCAGAGCCCGAGGGGGAGCCCGGCAGGCCCGGCGCCCUGGCAGCCGCCUCCCUGCCAGGCAGUCCUGCGCCUAGUCCACGCUGCUUCAAGCCCUACCCGCUUAUCACUCCCUGCUACAUCAAGACCACCACCCGGCAACUCAGCUCGCCCAAUCACUCUCCGUCUCAGUCUCCCAGCCAGAGCCCCAGGAUUAAGAGGCGGCUGGAGUCUUCCCUGAACCGGGGGCCCAGGGCUGCCCUCGUCUCCGCCGCCGCUCCGCCCAAGAAGCACCGGGCCGACGGCGGCCUCACCUGCGGCCUCAGCCGCUCAGCGGACUGGACAGAGGAGCUAGGCAGCCGCGCGCCCCCGGCCGGGGGCUCUGCGCACCUACCGGAACGCGAGGCUGCCUCAGAGGGGGGCGGUGGGGUGCCCCCCGUACUGGCAGCCAAGGUGUCUGGGGCGCCGGCGGCUGCGGAUGGCUUCCAGAACGUGUUCACAGGGCGAACUCUGCUGGAGAAGCUGUUCAGUCAACAAGAGAACGGGCCUCCAGAAGAAGCAGAGAAGUUUUGCUCCCGGAUCAUUGCCAUGGGUCUUCUACUUCCUUUCAGUGACUGCUUCAGGGAACCAUGUGAUCAGAACGCCCAAUCAAGUUCAGCUCCAUUUGAUCAAGAUCAACUUUACACCUGGGCUGCAGUCAGCCAACCCACUCACUCACUGGAUUACACAGAAGGGCAGUUUCCCCGACGAGUCCCACCUGUUCGGCCACCAGCUACACCUCCUGAUGAAGAACACAGGUCUAAGGAUGUUGAAACAGAAUCGCAGUCUGCUGUUUUGGAAACUCCAAAAAAAUGUUCGGAUGCUGUUCAGCAGGUGGUCAAGUUAUUAAGCAACAAAAGGUCACAAGCAGUUGGAAUAUUAAUGUCUAGCCUUCACUUAGAUAUGAAAGAUAUACAACAUGCUGUUGUGAACUUGGACAAUUCUGUGGUUGAUCUGGAGACCCUUCAAGCUCUCUAUGAGAAUAGAGCACAAUCAGAUGAACUGGAAAAAAUUGAAAAGCAUGGCCGGUCCUCCAAAGACAAAGAAAAUGCCAAGUCUCUGGACAAACCUGAACAGUUCCUUUAUGAACUGUCACUAAUCCCCAACUUUUCAGAACGAGUCUUCUGUAUCCUCUUCCAGUCCACAUUUUCAGAAAGCAUUUGCUCAAUUCGUCGCAAACUAGAAUUGCUACAGAAAUUGUGUGAGACAUUAAAAAAUGGCCCAGGGGUUAUGCAAAUUCUGGGUUUGGUUCUUGCUUUUGGCAACUACAUGAAUGGUGGAAAUAAGACUCGAGGACAGGCAGAUGGCUUUGGGUUAGACAUUCUUCCGAAGCUGAAAGAUGUUAAAAGCAGUGACAAUAGCAGAAGCCUUUUGUCAUACAUUGUCUCCUACUAUCUUCGAAAUUUUGAUGAGGAUGCUGGAAAAGAACAGUGUGUUUUUCCACUGCCAGAACCUCAGGACCUUUUUCAGGCUUCACAGAUGAAGUUUGAAGAUUUUCAAAAAGAUCUCAGAAAACUAAAGAAAGACUUGAAAGCUAAAAUUGACCAAGAGGCAGAGGAGAAUUCACUGACAGAGACUCAUAAAUGCUUUUUGGAGACUACAGCCUAUUUCUUCAUGAAACCAAAAAUUGGAGAGAAGGAAGUGUCCCCAAAUGUUUUCUUCAGUAUCUGGCAUGAAUUCAGCUCUGACUUUAAAGACUUUUGGAAGAAAGAGAACAAACUCAUUCUACAAGAAAGAGUAAAAGAAGCCGAAGAGGUGUGUAGGCAGAAAAAGGGAAAAUCACUUUAUAAAAUAAAACCAAGACAUGACUCUGGAAUUAAAGCAAAGAUAAGCAUGAAAACCUGA